AUGCCGUCCUCUCGCCUGGCAUUCUUCGUGCCAUAUGCCCCGCUGGACGCCGACCUCGCGUGGACAGCAUGCCUAGGAACAUCUUGCAGCAAAACACCACCGCUGAUCACCGCAGAGACCAUCACGUUCGAGGCGCCACAAAAGAACGCGCGCACGUGGAGCUGCGGCGACUUCUACGAACUCAACGUGAAGGAGGGGUUCGCCUGCACAUUUCAGGAGUGCCCCACGGGUCAAGAGAAGGAUCCAGACCACAGCAUCUGCUGUUGGCCGGGCCAGACGUAUGACGAGGCCAAAGGAGAAUGUGCCGGUGAGCUGAAAUGCCCUGAAGGCACCGAGCCUGACUACCACUCCACCUAUUGCACCCCGAUCGAUGGUCUGGCGUGGUAUGGGCCGGGAUGCGAGGCGGGAAAAAUGAGCGAUUGCUCGCUGUUGGGCAAAUAUCUGGAGGCCACCAACAGCCACAACCCCGAGCCUGACUACAAGCUCGCUCGCCACUACUUCGAACGCGCCUGCCGCGGGGGUCUCAUCGACGGCUGUGAACGCCUCGCGAACAACCUCUUGCGUUUUGACAAGUCCGCCGAGACCGAGAAGCUCACGGCUGCGCUCUUCGAGUUGAGUUGUGAUGGAGCAGACCGCACAGCCUGUUUACGAGUGGGGAACCAGUACUUGCUCGAACGCGAGAUCGAAGCUGCGCUCGAUGCCCUCGACCGCGGCUGCCAGGAGUUGAAAGGAGGAGAAUCACGCCAAAGCAUUAUCUCGUGCCAGCGGCGCGACCUCUACAAGCUCCUCGGCGCCCAGGAUCCCGAACAAAUCACGACCUAUAUCGAGGCGCUCGAGGAGCGAUGUCAACGCACGUCCUACAACCAAGAGCAGCCAGGUUACGUUCAUGCGUGCACGGGACUCUUGAGGAAAGCGUUGAAAGAGAGGAAGGACACCAGCACCUACGAGGAGCGGAUGGAGAAGGCAUGCGAAGAUGGCUAUUGGUACGCCUGCUCCAAGUUGGGCUCCACGCUCUACUACAACAGCCCUACUGGCGAGGACGCCUCUUCCAGGCGAGAUCGAUAUGCGCGCGCGGUUCCGCCGCUCGAGCGAGCAUGCUCGAAAGGAAACAAUGCAUCGGCGUGCACGCUCCUGCGAAAGAUGGCCGACGCGGGGAAAGGGCUCCCCUCCACUCGAAAGGAGAAGCUCGCGCGCCGCGAGCGCGCCUGUCAGAUGGGCUCGCAAUCGGCCUGCUACGAUCACGCGGUGCUGCUCUAUCGCGUGGAUGGCACCGCCGAGAAUCAUCGCGCCACGCUCGAGGCCUUCGAGCGCGCCUGUGAACUCCCCGAUUACCGAGCGUGCACCUUCAUCGGAAUCAUGAUGUCUCGAGGUCAUGGUGUGGAGAUGAAAGAAAAAACGCGCAAACGCCUCGCGGCGCGCUACUUCGAGCGCGAGUGCCUCGAACACGACGAAAAGAUCGCCUGCGAUUGGCUCGGCUAUAUCCAUCAAUAUGGCGAGGGCGUCGAGCCAGACAAAGACAAGGCAAAAGACUACUACACACGCGCUUGCCGACAGGGGAACCCGAGCGGGUGCAGGAACUUGCUCGGCGUUGUCGAUGUCGAUGACAUCGACGAUGGCGCCCUCUUCUCCGCGCUCCUCGAGAGCUCGAACGAAGACGACGCGCCCCCUCGCGUCUUCUUGUUCACGAUGGAAGAGUUUGCAUCCUCGAGCGUCCCACAACUCGAAACCCUCGAGAACGGCAUCGAAACGUGCCGAGCGUCGAAAGCAGAGUGCGCCAGGCUCGAGAAGCGCUUCUCGAAACUCGUCGAGUCGGCAAAGAAAACCUUCACUCAGGCCUGCGAGGGGGGCGAAGGAAAGGCGUGUUGGUAUGUCAGCAAAAUGCUCGACAAUCGGCUCGGCGGGCUCGAGUACGACGAAGCAGAACAACAACGCAUCCUCGACCUUGGCUGCCGACAUGAUGACGCCGCCUCGUGCUUCCGAGCUGGCAAAAACCACUACUUCUCUUAUUGGACAGCAGAGAGUCGACGAGAGGAUGGCGUCGAACUCCUCGCGCGCAGUUGCACAUCAGGCAAAGACCUCAAGCGUUGCCUGAUCGCGUCGCAUGCAGUCAUUGAAACAAGCGGCGACGUCGACCGCGCGCGCGACCUCAUCGAGACCGUCUGCACCCCAGAUAUCAUCUCCGAGCUCUCGUGCGAGCGUCUGGUCCAGCACUGGCUUCGCUACCCGGUCGAACAUUCGCCGCUCGAAGCGCGCGCCUACCUCGAGUCACGCUGCGAGCAAGGCGACGAGCCCUCCUGCGCACUCGUCGCACGACAACUCUUCGCGAAGGAUCCUGCGCGAGCCCUCGCGCUCGUCCCUGAAACCUGCACACCAGAGACCUCGCCGGCGCUUUGCAUCGAGCGCGCCUGGCAACUCCUCCAAACUCCAGAAACGGUCGCGCGUGGCGUCGAGCAGCUCGAGCGCUGGUGUGAAGAGGAAGAGUACCCGCGCGCUUGCCAUGACCUCGGCAUGCACCACAGAAAGGGCACCACGCUCGGCAAACAUGUCCUCUCGCGCGAGGCGCUCGAGACAGGAUGCGAUCAUGGAAGCCGCGAUGCAUGCUUUGAAGUCGGCCAGCUCUACGAAUCCGGGAACGAGUUCCUGAAGGCAGAUAAAGAGCGCGCUCGCGAGUUCUACCUCGACGCCUGCCGCUACUACCACCGAGAAGGCUGCAUGCGGCACGACAUGCUCGGCAAAGAGAAAUAG